AUGGACCACGCCCUCCUCCAAGACCGCGCCUCCACAACCACAACCCUCCACUCCGACCCGCACAACCCACACCUCUACCUCGCGCGCGGCCGCAUCCACGCCCGUCUCGGCUUCCCCGAUCUCGCGUCCGCGGACGCCUACCGCGCGCUCUCGCUGCUCGAGGCCGUGGUUGAGCCGGAGGGGUGCGAGUUUCAUGCGCGGAGACGGAUUGCCGAGGUCGAGGCUGAGGCUAAUACCUCUGCAGAUGCAGACGCCGACAACGAUGAUGAAGAUGAAGAUGAAGAUGAAGAUGAAGAUGAAGGACAGUUCGAGGCGCUGACGCAGGACGAGUACGAUGCGCUGAUCGGCCCGGUGUACGAGCUGCUGGUGUGCAGUCUGGUGCGCUGCGGCUGCUACCGCGACGCGUAUGAGUUCUGUGUGCGCGGGCUGGCGGUGCUGGGCGAUGUGGGUGGCGGAUCCGCGGAGGAGGCGGUGCGUGGGUUGAAGGGGUUGCUGGCGGGGAUUGUGAGGGUUUAUGUGGCGAAGCGGGGAGAUACAAAUGGUGGUGUGAAUGGGGAUGUGGAUGUGGACGUGGAUCCGAGUGUGCUGAAUGCGCAGGGCUUUGCGAGGCGUGUGCUGUACCCGUGGAACACGCACGAGCCGGACCGCAAGGCGCCCGAGACGCUGGCGUUGCUGAAUGAGAGGUUGAAGGAGGUGGCGCCGAAGUGCGAGGUGCGGGCUGUUGCGCUGCCGGCGCUGCAUGGGACGGCCACGAGCACGACGGAGGCGGUUGCGGCUGCUGCGGAGGCAGAGGCAGACGCAGACGCAGAAGUCUCCGUGCAGCUCGGCCUCUUCGCCAAAGAGGACAUCGCCCCCGGGGAAAUCCUCCUCCGCGAAUCCUCGCUCCUCACGGCCACGAACCGCCUGCACGAUGACCUCUGCGACGCCUGCAACGCGCCCCUGCCGGACCUCUCGGCCGCCGCGCCCCCCGUCGCCUGCGCCGGCUGCGACGACACCAUCUUCUGCAGCCAGCAGUGCCACGACCACGCGCAAGCUGUCUACCACGGCGCCGUGUGCGGCCUCAUGGAGAACCUCGAGUCCAUCGGCAAGGACAUCCCCGACCCCAAGGAUAAAGCAGACUAUCUGUAUCUCCUGCUCCUGGGCCGCGCGCUCGCCAUGGCCGCAACGCAGGACGUGCACCCGCUCGAGCUCCCCGAGAUCAAGUACAUCUGGGGCGACUUCCACGACCUUGACCUCAACACCUCCCCCAACCCGGACACUGAUCCCACCAACACCAGCACCAACACCAGCACCGCUGCCACUGCCGCCGCCGUAGCAACCCUCCCCUUCUCCUUCCAACUAAACAUCCUCCAGCCCAUGCGCCUCCUUGAGGAAAUGGAGAUCGACCCCUACGCGCACCUCGCCCGCUACGACACCUGGGUGCUGAACACCCUGUACGCGAAAUUCCGCGGCACCGCGUCCGGCCGCCUGUCCACCUGGGACGGCGGGCCGGAGCUCUGCGCCGUGCAUCCGCUAUGGUGUCUGGCGAACCACUCGUGCGACCCCAAUGUGCGCUGGGAAUGGGGCGGGGAGAUCACGUUCCGGGCGCGGACGGUGGACGAGCGGGCGGUUUGGAAGGGUGGCGAGUCGGCGCCGGCGGGGAAGAGAAAGGGGGCGGGGAUUAAGGCGGACGAGGAGAUUUUGAAUCAUUAUUGUGAUAUUGGGCUGAGUGUGAAGGAGCGGAGGGAGUGGGCGCGGGGCGCGCUGGGGGGGCUGUGUCAGUGUGAGAGGUGUGUUUGGGAGGCGGCGAGGGAGGGUUAG